AUGAAGAGGGUCAUUAUAUUUCCAAAUGGAUCAAACACGGACGGCAAGGUAAUCAAUUUAGGGAAAUGCAUUGAUGAAGUCCUUCUUGAGGCUGGUCGCAAGCUUGGAAUCACAGCCCGAUCAAUCUAUUCGCCCCAAGGAGGAUUGAUUGAUGACAUCAAGUUAAUCAGAGAUGAUGAUGUUUUGUAUAUCUCUGAGGGUGAACCAUUUCGACCUUGUCCAUCUUGGACGACACCGUCUUCUGUUUCUGUGUCGGUAGCUCCAACUGUAAGCACAAAAGAGAAACCUCGAACCAAAUUAGUGCCUGUUGAUGGAGCUGAGUGGGUCACCUUAAACAUUGGUGGGAAACUCUUCUCCACAACCAGGAGUACAUUAACAAGGCAGGAACCAAACAGCAUGUUGGCUCGAAUGUUUUCUGAUCAAUCAGAAGUUCCGUGGAACAGUUCAGUGGAUGCAAAUGGUGCCUAUUUGAUUGAUCGCAGCCCAACUUACUUUGAACCAAUUCUAAAUUACUUACGUCACGGCCAGUUAAUCUUAGACAAGGGAGUAAACCCAGAAGGUGUUCUGGAAGAAGCCCGAUUCUUUGGCCUUGACUAUCUAGUUGGAAUAUUAGAAGAGAUCAUUGAGCGUAAUGCACCUGCAGAUGAUAACACUCCAAUAAGUAGGCGAGAAUUUAUGUUGAAGCUUUUGGCUACACCGACAAACUCGGAACUACGAUGUCAGGGUCUCAACUUUCAGACAGCCAAUCUAUCUCGACUUGAUUUGCGGUAUAUAAAUUUUAAAUACGCAAUUUUGAGGAAUGCAAAUCUGUCUGGAGCUAAUCUUUCUUAUUGCAAUUUUGAACGAGCUGAUCUUUCGGGUGCUGUUUUAGAUUGUGCCAACCUACUAGGAAUAAAAAUGGUAUGUGCCAAUCUGGAAGGUUCCAGUUUACGAAGUUGUAACUUUGAAGAUCCUGCUGGGCAGAAAGCUAACAUGGAAGGUGCACAGAUGAAAAAUGUAAUUCUUGAAGGUAGCCAUAUGGCAAGUGUGAAUUUACGGGUAGCAACUCUUAAAAAUGCUAAUUUGCAAAACUGUGACUUACGUGGGGCUGUACUGGCUGGAGCAGACUUAGAGAACUGCGAUCUUUCUGGCUCCGAUUUGCAAGAUGCUAACCUUCGUGGAGCCAACCUGACUGGAGCUACUUUUGAACUGAUGCUGAAUGCUCUGCAUAUGUCCCAGACACUCCGCUGA